UACAAUUCCCACCUUUGAUGUCAAAAGCCCCACCACUACAAUUUACCGUUUAACUUAAGACGCUACGCGGGAAAGCAGAAAUUUCACUUCCAUUGUGUAAAAAAAAACAGUAAAAAUGGAUCAGGAAGUGAUGGAUUUCUUCGACUUCUCGAAGGAAUUCAAGCGCGAGGCUGCCCCUCAAGGCUACAUCAGCAGUGAUCCGAGCAUCAUGGCCACGGAGACCAACGAAUCCAAAGUGCCCAAACGCGAAGUGAUCGGCACAGACUAUGUCCCCGAAAUCGUGGCCAAGGAAAAGUGUCUCCUCGACAGGACGCUGCGCGACGACUGUCCCCAAAGCAAACGUAAUCGAACGCUGGACGAUUUGGACACCGACGAUGAGGGGGAAGAGACCGAAAUUCGGCGGGAUGACGAGUACUACAAGAGGUACAGAUUCAAUCUGAAUCGCGACAAGAAUUUGCCCAUCUACGCCAAGCGCGAGGAAAUAUUGGCGGCCAUCAAUGCUCAUCCGGUCGUCAUUCUCAAGGGCCAAACAGGAUGUGGCAAGACCACGCAGGUGCCCCAAUACAUAUUGGACGAGGGUUAUAAGAGCGGCAAGUACUGCAACAUUGUGGUGACACAACCCCGCCGCAUAGCUGCAAUCUCCAUAGCUAAUAGAGUGUGCCAGGAGCGCGAAUGGCAGCAGGACACAGUGUGUAGCUACCAAGUGGGCCUGCACCGCCCGACGUCUCUGGAGGACACUCGUCUGUUGUACUGCACCACCGGGGUGCUGCUGAACAACUUAAUAAAUAAGAAGACGCUGACCCACUACACCCACAUUGUGCUGGACGAGGUGCAUGAAAGAGACCAGGACAUGGAUUUUCUGCUGAUCGUGGUGCGUCGCUUGCUGGCUACCAACUCGCGGCAUGUGAAGAUAAUCCUGAUGUCGGCGACCAUCGAUGCCAGGGAACUGGCUGAUUACUUUACCACCACGAACUCAGUUCCACCGGUGAUCACCGCCAGUCAUGGACGUAAGCACGCAAUCGAGAAGUUCUACCGUGACCAGAUGGGCAGCAUUAGGUGGAAGGAAGAAGAGGACGACCAGCUCGUUCCACAAAUCAACGAUCACGGCUACAGGGCGGCGGUAAAGAUCAUAAUGGUUAUUGACAACAUGGAACGGGAGGCUGCAAUCCAGUCGCGGCUGAGCUACGACGAAGCCCUGCGCUAUGGAGCUGUGCUCAUCUUUCUGCCUGGCAUCGACGAAAUCGACACCAUGGCAGAAAACAUUACUUCUAUGCUGCAAAGCGACCGUAACAUUAAGGUUUUUAUUGUUCGCUGCUUCUCUUUGAUGACUCCGGAGAAUCAACGGGAUGUCUUUCAUCCCCCGCCUCCUGGUUUUCGCAAGAUCAUCCUGACCACAAACAUCGCUGAAAGCUCCAUCACGGUGCCAGAUGUCUCUUACGUUAUUGACUUUUGUCUAACCAAAGUGCUGGUGACCGAUACGGCUACCAGCUUCUCUUCGCUUCGCUUAACCUGGGCCUCCAAGGCCAAUUGUCGCCAGCGUGCCGGUCGUGUUGGACGUCUUCGAAGUGGACGCGUUUACCGUAUGGUUAAUAAAUCUUUUUACCAGAGGGAAAUGGCCGAAUUUGGAAUACCAGAAAUGUUACGCAUGCCCUUGCAAAACUCGGUGCUCAGGGCCAAAGAGCUGGAAAUGGGAUCUCCUAUUGAAAUUUUGGCAUUGGCUCUAUCUCCGCCAAAUUUGUCGGACAUACAGAAUACAAUAUUGCUUCUGAAAGAGGUGGGCGCUCUGUUCCUAACAGUAGACGGCGUCUACAACGCGAUGGAUGGCGAUAUUACCUACUGGGGCACCAUCAUGUCCCGGCUGCCGUUGGAUACACGCCUGUCCCGCCUCAUCAUAUUGGGUUACGUGUUUAACCUACUCGAAGAAGCUAUUAUCAUAGCUGCUGGCUUAUCUAUGCGUGGCUUGUAUGUGAACGAAGGUCGUAGGACACAAGGAGCCGAUUCAUUUUGGAUGCACUAUAUUUUCGCCGAUGGAUCUGGCUCCGACUUGGUGGCCAUUUGGCGUGUGUAUCUGACUUAUUUGAACAUGGUGGAAAUUGCUCACGAGCAGGAAUCUGCCAUCCGUUGGGCUAAACGUUUCCACGUCUCCUUGCGGUCACUUAAGGAGAUGCACUUGCUGGUGCAGGAGCUGCGUUGGCGGUGCACCAAUCUUGGUCUGAUUCCAUUUGCAGUUAAUCCUAGCCAGAUGAUGGGAGAUCGUGAAAAAUCGAUCAUUCUCAAAGUGAUCAUCGCCGGUGCCUUCUACCCAAAUUACUUUACGCGUUCCAAGGAGUCGUGUGCAGAACCAGAUCGCAAUAUAUACCAGACGAUAUCGGGGCACGAUCCCUGUCGCACCGUUUAUUUUACCAACUUUAAGCCUGCUUAUAUGGGCGAGCUGUACACGAGGCGCAUUAAGGAGCUUUUUCAGGAGGCGAGGAUUCCGCCGGAAAACAUAGACGUUACCUUUCAACAGGGUUCUCAAAAGGUCUUUGUUACAUUCAAGCAAGAUGAUUGGCUUGCAGAUUCGUCUAAGUUUGUUAGUGUGUCGGGCAGAGUCCAAAGUGAAGUUUACAAGGCAGUUAGAAUGCGCCUUGAUCGUAUUCAACGUCCAAUACGUAUAAUGACUCAAAAUAAUUUUAUGAACUACGUACAGCAGCGAGGGAUUGGGGAUGUGAUUGAGGGUCGAUGGAUUCCACCCACAAAGCCUUUAAACGUCGAGCUCCUUGCCCUGCCAUCUGUCUUCAGCAAAACUAUUACAGGGUUGAUUACUUGCAUUAUCAGCUGUGGCAAGUUCUUUUUUCAACCCCAAUCUUUUGCAGAGUGCAUUCGAAAUAUGUCCGAGAUCUUCAAUGCACCACAGCAACUUAGAAAUUACGUAAUUAACGCGGGUGCCAUCACGAAGGGCAUGAUGGUGUUGGCUAAACGCGAUAGUAAUUUUCAGCGCGCCACAGUAAUCCGACCUGAGAAUCAGAGCAAUCGCCAACCAAUGUUCUACGUUCGCUUCAUCGACUAUGGAGACUGCGCUUUGCUGUCUAUGCAGCAACUGCGUUUGAUGCCGAAAGAGCUGAUUCAACAGUACGGCGACCUUCCGCCACGUGUUUUUGAAUGCAGGUUGGCACACGUUCAGCCUUCUUCAGUGGUUAGCGGAAACAAUCGGUGGCCCACGGCGGCUAAUGAUCUGCUCAAGUCAGUGGCCAAAUGCGGUCGCAUUGAUAUUGAGGUGUAUUCGCUGUUCAAUAAUGUAGCAGCUGUUCUCAUUCCCAUGAAAGAUGGCAUAAUCAACGAUAUGCUUGUAGAGCUUAAGCUGUCUCGUCGGUCCGACGAAGAUUAUAUGUCUAGAAAGGAUCAUGAUUUCCGGCUGCGUCGUCAAGAAUCUGCCCGGUACUUGACCUUGACGGAACGUCAACAAAUCAAUGAGGAGUACCUGCGAUCCUGCCAGCUGCCGCAAGAUCUCGACCUACCACCGCCUCCGCUAGACAAGUGCAACACCAUUGUAAUGUUGAAAGGACCCUCCAGUCCUUUGGAAUGUUCCAUGCAGUCCAUUAUUCGUGUGGGCUCAAGUAAAAGGGUGAAUAUAGAUAACGCUUCCGUUAAUGCAGUUCUGCUGGACGCUGAUCCUCAAGAUCACCACGAUCAUUUGAUUGUGGCCCACGCAACCGUAGAGAGUACAAACGGACAGACACUGACAGCCCGUGGAACCACACUGAUGCCCAAUGUGCAGGGAUUCGGUGCACUAAUGGUUAUGCUAUUUUGUCCCACUAUGCAACUUAAAUGCAAUAAUGAGGGCACAUCAUAUGUGUCUAUUCUGGCAGGUUUGGGCUGUGACCCGGUAACAGGCGAGCCCUACUACGCAGAGCAUGAUGUGUUGAUUAAUUUGGAUGUCAACAUUCUCGAAGAUGAUGUGGUUCUGAUUAACCAAAUUCGCUACUAUAUAGAUAGUGUCUUCUUCAACUUUAAGGAGGAAAAAGAUCCAGCUGUUAGUAUAAAUGAACGUGUUUCUAUUUACACUCAGCUGCGCAGUCUGAUAAAUAGGCUUCUUUGCAAGGACCGAAGUUAUAUGCAAAGAAAUAUGAGCAAUUCGGAUUUCGAAUGGGAAUCCAAUCCCGAACUGCCAAUGCCGAAUGAACCUUUUGGCAAGAGGGCAAUAUUCCCGAUGCACUCACUUACUGAGCUCCAAGAGGAAGACAUGGGUCGCUUGAUGCAUCUGAGAGAGAACUGCAGCAUGUUGCACAAAUGGCGCAACUUCGAGGGUACUUUACCCCAUAUGACUUGCAAACUGUGCAAUCAGUUGUUGGAAUCGGUUCCCCAACUCCGUUUGCAUCUGCUGACCGUAUUGCAUCGUGAUCGCGAAAAGCAGAUCGACUAUUGCAACCAAUAAGAAUGGAUACAUCGUUUGAAUUUGACAAUAGCUUAUUUCUAAGUUUUUGAAUAUGCAUUUCUUUUCUUAAAGGACAACAUUUGAAGGCCACAAGUCUAUACAUAUUUACUGAACAGAAG